UGUUAUCGAUCGAUUCAAUCUGCGGCAAAUUUCAAAUCAAAAACACUAAAUUAACUUGUGACAUCAAUAACACUACAAUAAAAUUCUUUGAAAUAUGUAACAAUAAAUAAAAUGACGUCGUUCCACGCCCCGAAACAAAAGUAAUAAUGUAACAUUUAUGAAAAAAAUGUAGCAUAGUCUAUAUUUAUUUAUUAAACAUUUACAGCCAAUACAGCUAUUUACACAUAAGAUGGCAACUGCUCCAAUAGCAGAUAAUUCUCCAAAACCCCUAUUAAAAUCCGCGGAUAACGAACACGAUGAAAAAACAGAUAAGAAAUUAACUGUUCUCGAAUCGCACGGUUAUAAUCUUGGAAAAACUAUAGGAUCCGGUUCAUAUGCUACUGUGAAAAUCGCUAAAUCCUGUCGACAUGAUUGCCAAGUAGCAAUAAAAAUAGUUUCAAAGUUUCAAGCACCCGGCGAAUAUUUAAAGAAAUUUUUACCACGUGAAAUUGAAGUUGUGAAAGGUUUAAGGCAUCCAAAUUUAAUCCGUUUUCUUCAGGCAAUCGAAACAACCCAUCGGGUAUACAUUAUUAUGGAGUACGCUCAAAAUGGCAGUUUACUAGAUAUAAUAAGGCGGGAUACUUUUAUUGAUGAAGUCCGUAGUCGCAGAUGGUUUCGACAAUUACUCGAAGCGAUUGAUUAUUGUCACGGACGCGGUGUAGUUCAUAGAGACGUCAAGUGCGAAAACCUUUUAAUGGAUUCUAAUUUCAAUGUUAAAUUAUCCGAUUUUGGAUUUGCACGUGGUCAAAUGAAACCGAAAAACGGUAUAAAUCCAUUGAGCGAAACCUUCUGCGGAAGCUAUGCGUAUGCCUCGCCUGAAAUAUUAAAGGGAAUCCCAUAUUUACCUCAAUUGUCUGAUGUAUGGUCCAUGGGUGUAGUACUUUAUGCAAUGGUUUACGGUCGACUACCAUUUGAUGACACGAAUUACAACCAACUUCUAAAGCAAGUACAGAGCAGGAUUACAUUUCCUAAAGAUCCAAAGGUAUCUCAAUCUUGUCGUUCUCUUAUCUCACGUAUACUUGUGCCACAACGAACACGGUUACAUAUUGAUAGGAUAAGAAAUGAUGUUUGGCUUUCUGCAUCUUUAGUUACAGUUCAAACUUCUACUACUGAUACUCUCAUGAAUGCUCCAUACACAUUACCAAAGGUUACUGAAAUAAAGGUAAAUGAAACGAAUAAGAAAAUAAACAAGCAUACAGAUAUUAGAGGUCACAUCGUCAAUAUCCGCCGGUCAUCCCAGAUAGGUAUUUCAGAUCAAAACAAUAAUGAUGUACACUUGAAAUAAAUCGGACUAUCAAACAAUAUCGCUAUUUUAACUUCCUCUAUUUCGUUCGAUAUAAAAAUUAUCACAGAACUAUGGCACCUUUAUUUAUAAAUAAUGUUACGUUUACAAAUUUAAUAAUUAAUACAGUAAUUAAUAGUCUAAGCAAAAAGGAC